ACGACCAGACUGGAGGCCCUAUUUCAGGUUUUCUUCUCGUCACCAGAGAACAAAAAUUACAAUCUGUUCGGGAAAUUCUUACUAAUGCUGGUUGAGAGUGGUUACAUGCACAUACAGGCUACAAAACCCGAUACAGUAGAGAACAAAAAUUACAAUAUGUUUGGGAAAUUUUUCCUAAUGAUGGUUGAGAGUGGCUACAUGCACAUACAGUCUACAAAACCCGAUACAGUAGGAACUGCACUAAACGACUCACCUCUGGGCCUAGCCGCCUACAUAUUGGAGAAGUUUUCAACUUGGACGAAUAACAAGUACAGGGAGCUCCCAGAUGGUGGCUUGACAAAGAAAUUUACUCGAGACGAACUUCUGACCAUUGUUAUGAUUUACUGGGUUAAUGGCAACAUCGUGUCAUCUCAGCGAUUUUAUCGCGAACAUUUUCUUGACGAGAAGAACAACGCUCUACAAAAGUGGGUUUUUAGAUGGGGAAAAAUAAAAUACAAAUUUUACAACUCUUAG